GCGUUACUCAUCGGAACUGCGGAAGGAAGUCUGACUUUUGGUCUGAGUGCCAAGAAAACGAUAUCGUUGUUGCAAGACUUUGAGCGGUACAUGGUGGAGUAUGCCAAAAGUUACACCUCGUUUGCGGAGAAAAUGAUGCGAUUUUCCGUCUUCAAGGAGAAUCUGAGAAUAAUCGCAGAUUUGAUGGCCGGUCAGACAGGUACCAAGUUCGGCAUCGGCCCUUACACAGAUAUGACUGCGGCAGAAUUCGCCCGAGUGUACAUGAAUUCCCCAGGCGAGCGGCCCUUGCAGAGACAGAGACGAACACCAACUGUUACGACGCCGUUCAGGAACUUCACCCGAAUGAGAGACUCCUACAAUCUUGACAGCUUGGGCCCCUCCCGAAAAAGACCGGCGUCAUUCCCUCCGGCUGGAAACGAAUCCUCUGAGAAGAAGACGAAAAUUUCCACUGCGGAGGCGAAUCCUGUUUCCGAUGACGAGUCCACGUCCGAGUUUCGUUAUUUUGACGGCCCGAAGCUCGAUCCGAAACCUUCCGAUAACAUGUACUGGGUGAACAGCAAGUAUUACCCCGAUCCACAAGACCAGUUUGAACCACAAUGGUGCGGGUCCUGUUGGGCUUUUACAACUGCCGGCACUUUGGAAAUCGUCCUAUCGAGAGAAAAAAAGGCUAUUGUCAGAUUCUCAAAACAACAGCUGGUGGACUGCGUGAAAAGAGCCCACGGCUGUAAUGGGGCGGAUGUAAUAUUCCCGCUCACGUACCUGAAAGUCAAAGGGAUCGCCAAAGAGGAAGACUACCCUUACACGGCGAAAAAUGGAACUUGCAAUGAAAAAGCCGUUCGCAGCGCUGUCAAAGUUAAAAUGUUUCACACAAAGCACAGUGAGGAAGAGAUCAUGGAAGCUUUGAAAUAUUCCCCGGUCAUCGUGAACAUGCACGUUCCGGCAGAAUUUCAGCACUACCGAGGCGGGCUCUUCGAUUCAAAAUAUUGCAAAAGUAAUUCAACGACGCGAUAUCACUCUAUGAUCCUUGUUGGCAUUGAGAAUGAGCAAUGGGUUUUACGAGAUAGCUCGGGUUUGAACUGGGGCGAAAAGGGUCAUGUUUUUAUAAAAAUAGGAGAGUGCGACAUUGGAAGAGACAGUUACGCAAUCACAGAAUGGAAGGACAUGUCUGCUGAUUCAGGGCUUGCCGGUUCUUUGCAUUGACUGCAAAUUGGAAGGAAAUUGAUGACUUUUGCUGAUUCUUGAUUUCUUGAUUGGUGUUUAGUACGAACAUGAUCGAUUGCGUCCGAGAAUUUCGACGAAAUAUUUCCAAUUUUCUAUUGACAACAUUUCCUGAACACGAAAUAUCAUGUGCAAUUAUAGUCAAUUUCAUUGAACAGUCUCGAAUUAGACGGAUUAAACACGAUCUUUUGCGUUUGGA